UCUUCCCACUCGGACGUUCUCAUUCAUUCCUCCGCCAGGCCUCCCUCGGGCGCGCGCUCCUCGCCGGCCCAAUCCGGGGCUCGGAGGCUCCGCCCCUCCCCGCUGGCGUGCGGGAGGCCCGAUGACGUCAUGGAACGGAGGUUCCCCCUCCCUCCUCCACCUCCUCCUGCUGGCGGUAUCCAGGCGCUGCUGCAGCGCUGGGGGAAUUCGCCGCUGAGCUGCCGCCGGGACCGGAGCCGCGCGUCUCUCUCUCUCUCUUUCUGUUGCGCUCCCCACCAUGAAGAUGAUGAGCUCCCCCUGGGCCCGCUUCUACUCCAACAGCUGCUGCAUGUGCUGCCAUGUCCGCACCGGGACCAUCAUCCUCGGCAUCUGGUACCUGAUCAUCAACUCAGUGGUUCUGCUGAUUAUACUGAGCGCCUUGACAGACCCUGGCCAGUACCACUUAACAACUGCUGAAUUGGGGGGUGACUUGGAAUUUAUGGAUGAUGCCAAUAUGUGCAUCGCUACUGCAAUUUCUCUUCUCAUGAUCCUCAUCUGUGCAAUGGCCACAUACGGCGCAUAUAAGCAACAUGCAGCCUGGAUCAUCCCUUUCUUCUGUUACCAAAUAUUUGAUUUUGCACUCAACACCUUGGUCGCUAUUAGCAUUCUUGUGUACCCAAGCACAAUUCAGGAUUACCUGCAGCAACUGCCUGGUAAUUUUCCCUACAAGGAAGAUAUUAUGUCUGUCAAUCCCACAUGUCUCAUUGUGAUUAUUCUGCUUUUUAUAAGUAUCACCUUGGCUUUUAAGGCUUACCUGAUCAGCUGUGUAUGGAACUGUUAUCGAUACAUUAACAACAGAAACAACUCAGAUGUCCUGGUCUACAUUACUACUAAUGACACAGCGGUGUUGCUGCCACCCUAUGAUGAUCCUGCAAAUGGCGCUGCCAAAGACCCACCACCACCUUAUGUUUCUGCAUGAGGAGCCGUGUGUGCGAGCGAGUGUGUGUGCGUGAAAUGUACCUAAAGAACAAAUAGCUUUACUUUUCACGACACCUGAGCAAUAGAUUCUUUCAUUUUUCAGGACAGGUGUAUUAUCUCCCAGGUUGUCUUUAUUGCUAUUUUGCUGUAGAUUAUUCAAAAGAAAAACCUAUUUGCCUAAAGCAGCAUUGAACUGGCUUGAGAACCAUUUUGAUUAGCUAAAGUGAUAAUUGUUGCAAUGUAGGUUUGUUUUGGGGGUUUUUUUCACAUCUUCUCCUGCAAAUCUAGAAAAUCUCUAGGGGUGUAAACUGUAGUGUGGAGUUUUCUUUCUCUUGUCUUCUUAAUUUCUGGAUCAUGCCUCAGGCUGUGACAUUGUCCUUUAAUCCACAAUCAUAAAACAAAACAGAAGGUACCCUGAACAGUUGAGCUUAUAUUUAUUUCAUCAGGAGUAUCUGGGACCUUUUUAAACACAUUUCUCAGCUGUGGUAGCAAAAGCUUGUGUCCUCAAAGCUCAAAAUUUAAAGCUACCCAGAGGUUUGAAGAAACAAAUUUUCAUCAUUCUACAGCAGAGCUGUGGUUGAGAACACAAUUUUUUUUAUAAAGGUCUAGCUCAGCUAUUAAUAAAAAGAAAAAGAUUGCUUUGAAUUGUGCUCUGAGCACAAAGGUGCUUUCUGACUGGCUAAUCGCUCUGAAAUGCAGAGGGGAAAUAUGUGUAUUGGAGGAGCUCUGGGCAUCAAGAUUAGAUUGAACUUUUUGCUACAGAAAUUUUGGCUCUUGCAAGCCCUUUGACCUACUAGCCCCCUGCCCUAGAAGUGGCCAGUUCAGCUGUAAGUGAGGCCACUGGCCCUUUUUUUUUGCCCUUUUCCUUGUCAGCGGUCUUAAUGUGGUUCUCCAGACCAAAGCUCCCUUUUUCCAAGUCAACUCCAAAUCUGGAUCCCUAAGUGGCCUGGUCUGGGGACCUUGAAGUUGCACAGAUGUGGCUUUUUGAAAGGCAUUGCAAAUACUGCCCGCAUCCCUGUUGAUGCUGCAACUAUUUUCAGUAGCGGGAAGUCGAAUGUUAACAUCUGUUCCCCUCCCACUCUAGGCCUGUUCACUCAGGAUGCUUGUAAGGAGUACCUCUCUCUAAAUAUAUAGAUACACAUUAAAAUAGGGGUCUGUAUGUAUAUGUAAAAGAGAGAGAUGGAAAACACACGUUUCUGACACUUGACAUGGAUUGGGCAAAUACAUUUCCUGCUGUUUAAUCUGACCCUAAGAUUAAUCAUAGGAAGCGGAGCUGGAAACAUGAUAGAGUUGCAGGGCACCACAUCGUGCAUUGCAUCAAGAUGGUGAACCCAGUCACAUCUAUGGCAAAUUAAUGUGCAAGUGAAAAAAAAGGGGGCAUAGUCUCUAAUCCAGAUUAGAUUUAUUAUGGAAAUUCUGUGUUUCAGCCUUUGGCCAAGCGAUUCCUUCUCUUCUUAUGAUAGUUCUGAUAAUUUAUUUUGCCUGUUGAUGUCAUCCCAUCCGACAAUUGCAAACAAUGGGAAGAAACCACUUUGAAAUUCCUUUCAUGUCAGUGGAAGACAAGCAAGUGCAUAAACCUCCCAUUGAAAGCGGUGGUGAUUUUGAAAUGCUAAACUUUGUAUGGAUUGUGUGCAGUUUGAUUUAAGGUUAUGCCAUACGUUCUUUGGAGUCGUUGGGUCUGGUAAACAAUUAAUACCUCUUUGAGUAUCCAAAAUGUGAAUCUUUUUCCCAUGGGAGUCCGCUUGUAAAUAUAGCACUUUGGGGACCAUAUGCUAAGGAACACACCAGUUGGGAUAAAUUAUUUCUCCCAGUUGUAUCUUUGGGCACAACACUCUGUGCCCAUCAAAUAUAUGUAUAUCUAGCUAUCAGCUUAAGUGUGAGAAUAUUUGGUCCUCUUGUUUGCAUUUACAAACAUUCUAGUGAGAUUCAUUUGUUAGUGCCCUGUUAAGUAUUACUGUGAAUUAUGAGCAUUUCUACAAGUGCUUUAGGUUCAAAGCACUGCACGCUCGUUAUCUUCUAACCUUACAACAGCCCUGUAAGGUAGAUCAGUAUUAUUACCUUCAUGCUGCAGAUGUGGGGCUGAGGCUAAGAGUGGCUUGCCUAAUGGCCAGCUUGUUUGUUCAUAGCAGAGUCAAAGCUCACAUCAGGGACUUCCUGGCUUGUAUCCUAAGUCACUGGGAACCAAACUACAAAAUAAUGCUAGCUGCAUUUUUUAAACAAGCAUUCUUAUCCUGGCCAAUCUUACCUUUAGGAGAAGCCUCAAAGAGUGCAACUUAGCAUGCUCCCAGCCCAGUCCAGAAGUGUGCCACUUUUUUUGCUGAAAAUUGUUUCUCUCCUGGUGACUUUUUGCCCUCCAAAGUUCUGUAGUGCUUAUUCCAAACAGCACCUUUGGAAAACAAAUAAUGGAUGUGUGUGACCUGGGUGGGGAGCAGUUUCCAACAGGAAGCCUGCACUGGGUCCCUAUUGAGGAAUGCAUUCCAGGUCAGGGCCUUCAGCUGCUUUUUGUCCAAAAAGAAAGCAGUCGUGUUGAGCAAGCAUCACUCGUGUCAUGUGUAGUUCAACCGGAGCCACUGCACUGUUGGGUUGUGGCAGAGUGCAGUCAGCUCAACAGCAGAUUGUGUCAUCGAACCCAGUGGUUGUAGAAGGAAUUAGGCCAGGAAGUUCAGUAAGGUCAGCAACAGUAUGUUUUACUAGCAGGUAGUAGAAGAACAGUUCUUUAGCAUUCUUUUCUAGGGUGUGUGUGCUAGAUUCUACAUAGCUUGUUGCUGAACAGGUGUUCCAACCCACAUUGGGGGUGCCUGGCUCGUGUGUGUGACGUCAUGUGCAUCACACACAUGACAUCACACAGCAUGACACGGUGAACACAUGACAUCACAUGGUGCAAUGAGGCCCGUCACAGCCUCUGAAAGGCCCUGCAAAUUGGCAAAGUGAUCAAAUGGAGAAUAAAGUAAAAAGCACUGAAAGUUAUGUGACAUCUCUCUUCCGCCCCAGAUGGCUGAAAGGAAAUCCUGUGGCCAGGGCACCACUGUGAGUGCCUAAACACCCUGUGCAAACCAUUGAUGACUUUAUGCUCACCUACCAACUGGGCAAUAAUAUGUUCCAAUUUAGUUUAUAAACUUAUCAGUGCAUUGAUAUGUAACCCUCCUCACUGAGUUAAGUAGGUAGGCAUGGAGUUUUUGUUUGCUUUGCAAGGCAACAUGGAAUCUUUGUAGACAGGUUAAAUUUUAGGAUUUUAUUUAGCUUUGGCUUACCUGGACCAAUACCAUACUAGGCAUUUGUUUGGUUGAGCUAUUUAAUUUUUAUUUAUUUUUUGGAAUAUUAAGGAACAUAUGAAAAUAAGUGCUUGUGCAUAUUUCUCAUUCAAAUCUUCUGUGUAAACAAAUCAGUCUCUAAUAAAAAGGGAUAUUUCCUCA